AUGCCCUCUGAGACUGUCGAGACGCAGACUGCUGGCAUUUUAAAGCGAAAAGAGGUUUAUAAUGACCCGGCUGUCCGGUUAAGGGGUUUAUGGGCGCGCGCCGGGAUGGGAGGGCCAACUGCCAACUGCCAACUACCAACACUCCAUGCACUCCAUGAUAUCACUCAGUGUGGCAAUGUCUGGCUAAUGGAUCGAAUGCCACAACUUGACACAGAAUCGACACGGAAGCAGCAUUUGAUGCAAGGUCUGGCGUUGGCUUAG